GUUAUAGGGAUGCAGAAAAGAAUUUCCACAAUAUCUCUAACAGAUGCUCCUAUGCAGACCACUCCAACAAAGAGGAAAUUGAAGACGUCUCAGGAAUUCUUCAGUGUACUGCUAAUAUACUCGGUUUGAAGUUUGAGGAAAUUCAAGAAAGAUUUGGUGAGGAGUUCUUUAAUACAUGCUUCGAUGAGAAUGAGCGAGUCCUUCGAGCUGUAGGCGGCACGUUGCAGGACUUUUUUAAUGGCUUCGAUGCUUUGCUGGAACACAUUAGAACUUCUUUUGGAAAGCAGGCCACCCUGGAGUCACCCUCAUUCCUAUGCAAAGAGCUCCCUGAAGGGACCCUUAUGCUCCACUACUUCCACCCUCACCAUAUUGUGGGCUUUGCGAUGCUGGGCAUGAUCAAGGCGGCUGGAAAGAAGAUCUAUCGGCUGGAUGUGGAAGUGGAGCAGGUUGCAAAUGAGAAACUGUGCUCUGAUGGCUCCAACCCAAGCAACUGUAGCUGUCUUACCUUCCUCAUCAAAGAAUGUGAAAAUACUAAUAUCACAAAGAACCUCCCACAGGGAACCUCCCAAGUUCCCGAGGACCUCAGAAUUAGCAUCAACACCUUCUGCAGAGCCUUCCCCUUCCACUUGAUGUUUGACCCCCACAUGGCAGUCCUUCAGCUGGGGGAAGGCCUGAGGAAGCAGCUCCGAUGCGACACUCACAAAGUGCUCAAGUUUGAGGACUGCUUCCAGAUCGUUUCCCCGAAGGUAAACGCCACCUUCGAAAGGGUCCUACUGCGACUGUCCACCCCAUUUGUGAUUAGGACCAAGCCGGAGGCUUCUGGCACUGAAAAUAAAGACAAGGUGAUGGAAGUCAAAGGACAAAUGAUUCAUGUCCCAGAAUCAAAUUCCAUUUUAUUCUUGGGCUCCCCAUGUGUGGACAAGCUGGAUGAACUCAUGGGCCGGGGACUGCAUCUCUCAGACAUCCCCAUCCAUGAUGCCACCCGAGAUGUCAUUUUGGUUGGUGAGCAGGCAAAGGCCCAAGAUGGCUUGAAGAAGAGAAUGGAUAAAUUAAAGGCGACUUUAGAAAGAACUCACCAGGCCCUGGAAGAAGAGAAAAAGAAAACAGUGGAUCUUCUGUAUUCUAUUUUCCCUGGCGAUGUAGCCCAGCAGCUGUGGCAGGGGCAGCAAGUGCAGGCCAGGAAGUUUGACGACGUCACCAUGCUCUUUUCGGACAUCGUUGGCUUCACGGCCGUCUGCGCUCAGUGCACCCCCAUGCAGGUGAUCAGCAUGCUGAAUGAGCUGUACACCAGAUUCGAUCACCAGUGUGGAUUUUUGGAUAUUUAUAAGGUGGAAACAAUAGGUGACGCGUACUGUGUUGCUGCAGGACUCCACAGAAAAAGCCUCUGCCAUGCUAAGCCCAUUGCUCUCAUGGCCCUGAAGAUGAUGGAACUUUCAGAAGAGGUACUGACGCCUGACGGAAGACCAAUUCAGAUGAGGAUAGGCAUUCAUUCAGGCUCCGUGCUGGCCGGAGUGGUUGGGGUGAGAAUGCCACGAUAUUGCCUCUUUGGAAAUAAUGUCACCCUGGCAAGCAAAUUCGAAUCGGGGAGCCACCCUCGGCGCAUCAACGUCAGCCCCACCACUUACCAGUUAUUAAAACGGGAAGAAAGUUUCACAUUCAUCCCUCGGUCCCGUGAAGAGCUUCCCGACAACUUUCCAAAGGAAAUCCCCGGGAUCUGCUAUUUCCUGGAGGUAAGGACUGGUCCGAAGCAGCCAAAGUCUUCUCUGUCUUCAUCGAGGAUAAAAAAGGUUUCCUACAACAUUGGCACCAUGUUCCUCCGGGAGACCAGCCUCUGAGACCUGCUCCAGAUCAGAGACUCCUCCAAAAGCACAAGCCCAGAACAUGGGGCAUGACAGGGGAGUGGAGAAGGACUCUUUUCACUGCUUUGUUGGGAGCUAACAGUGGAAAUUCUGUUAUGUCAGGCAAUAAUCCUAAAAAAAGGUGGGUGAUGGCUGUCAAUUAAGAAACUGGAGGGUGUGGGCCAGGAUAAGGCGUGUCCAUCCAUAUGAGUGUUUUUGAUCACAUAUAUAUUUUAAUUACAAGUAUGGGUCCCCUUUGAAAACUAACCAACAAAUAGACUUCAUGUUUUCUUGUUUGUCACACAUCCAGGUACCUUCCCCUUUAUAUUUGUAUAACUUUUGGCAGCCAGUUUUGUGUAUAUAUUCCUACAUUUAGUGAGUGGGUAUGUGAAGAAUAUUUUCUAAUUUUUUUUUUUUCUGAACAGACAUUUCCUAUGUAUAUCAUGGCAGUGUGGGAAACUUCCCAGCAGCAAGAACUGUAACUCAGCAAAAUAUUUUAGGGAUAUUACCUAUUUUUAUACAUAUCUCUUCUUCUGGAUAAUUACAUUUCACACAUUACUAGGUUUUCAGAAUCUGCUACUGUAUCGUUGGUAUAUUAUGUAACUCUAACCUAUUAAUUGAAUGUAGUUUUACUUAUCUAGAGUCCCUACUGCUUAAACUGAGGACACAUAUAACCAAGGAUUUCAGAUGCUGAGAAGGCCUUGUACGUCUGCUUAGUAAUUAUAUCUUUUAGAUUUAAUUAAUGUAGCAUAGAAUCCAGAGGAAACGGGAUUUCCUAAUAGCAGAUAUAUCUGUAAGUAAGAUUAAAGAAAGGUCUUUUUGCCAUCUUCUAACAAAUAUCAGUCAAAAUCAAAUGCUCUCUACACUGGACGCUUUUCAACUUAGCACUUACAAAUACUGGUAGUUAUUGUAAGAUAAUAAACUGCAUUCUUAUAAAAGCAUCCUAAGUGGCAUGCAC